CAGUGGGGAUUCCAUAUGCAGAUGGGAGAGGAGCCUGUGAGAGCAGAAGCACCACGGUGAUUGGGCAGUGGGGAUUCCAUAUGUAGAUGGAAGAGGAGCCUGUGAGAGCAGAAGCACCAUGGUGAUUGGGCAGUGAUUGGGCAGUGGGGAUUCCAUAUGCAGAUAGGGAAGAGGAGCCUGUGAUGGUUAAGGACAGUUGGAAUGCAACUGUUACUGGUCGGAAGAAUGUAUAUAGUGGGCAGGGGUCUGCGAAGAGAGGGGUUGUGAGGGAGGAAAGAGCCCCUACAGGAGAAGGAGGCUGCUGUUAUAUGAAUUAGAUGAGGAAAUAAGAUAAACAAGAUUUGUUAACUCAGGAAGGGGAAGAGGGGAGGGGAAGAAACACAGAGGGGAAGAGCGAAUGGAGGAGAGAGAAAGAGAAAAAGCAGGGAGGGGAAGAAAGAAAGGAGGAAGGGCAAGGAAUGGGCCUGAGCCUGUCAGCGGCCUGAGGGGAACGAGCAGCCAUGGUGGUGAGUGCUGGCAGCAAGGAAGGGCCCAGUCAACCACUGCUGCAGUUUGGGGCUACUGAGGCCAUUGGCAGCGGGAGGCAGGCAUGCAAGUAAGAGAUGGGCCUGGGCCUGUCAGUGGCCUGAGGGGGAUGAGCGGCCGUGGUGGUGGUGGCGGCAGCAGCAGCAGCAGCAGCAGCAGCGAGGAAGGGCUCGGUCAACCACUGCUGCUGCUUCUGUGGUGAGGAGCUGGAGCGGGGCUCGGGUGAGGGUGGGGAGGUCUCUGGAGAUAGGGGGCUGCAAUGUGGCCAGUAGGUGCCAGCAGUGCUGCAGCCGCAACCAAGAGGUGUGACAGGAUGGAGUAAAGGGAUGGAGGAGUGACCAAGAGGGGUGAGCGGGAUAGCAGCAACAGAAUGGAGGAGGAGGAGGAGGACGACGACUGUGGCUCAGGUAAAUAUGUUUAUCAGCCUAUGACUCCGGUAGAACAGCUUCCAAGCACCGAAAUACCUGUUCGGCCACGUGGAACCACAAACACCAUUCAGAUAUCUGUUUCGCUCACAGAACACUUUUUGAAGUUUGCACCUGUCUUUCAACCACCAUUACCCCCAGACUCCCCACGGUUCUGCACAAUCUCGGACCUCUUUAUUGACAAUUACCGUGUGAAAUGCAUCAAUGGAAAGAUGUGUUAUGUGCAGAGGCAACCUCCUGCUCUCCCCCAUAAAAUGAAGCCUCAGGAGGUCCCCACACGCAAUGCCUUAAUUUUGAGAGAGAAUAAUACACCAAAAAUAGAUCAUUGCUCUUCCCCCUCCAGCUCUGAGGACUCUGGGAUCAAUGCUGUUGGGGCUCAUUAUAUGGAGUCAUGUGAUGAGGACACAGAGGAAGGGGCAGAGCUAAGUUCAGAAGAAGAUUAUAGUCCAGACAGUAGUUGGGAACCAGACGAGUGUCCCCUCCUAUCACCCUCACAGUGUGAACUAGAAGUGAUUGAGACCAUAGAAACCACAGUAUGAAAUGCCGAGUUAGUUAAAACAUACCUAAAACAAACAAUACUGAUUUUCUAGCAUUUAUACUGGGGUAUUUUUCUGACAGGUUCUUUUCCCCCCAGUACACUUGACACCCCACAGAGGAAUGCAGUGACAGUAUUUAGCCAUCUGAAUUAGUGGCUUGAUCCUAAUUCUACCAAUUGCCUGCCCUAGAUUUUAUAAGUUGUCACAGAUUUCUGUACCUCUUUAGUUACGGAAUGUGCCAGAUUUCAGUAAGGAGCACACCUUUUUUUCUUUUUUGGCAAAGAUUACCCCUAAUUGGGAGGUAGCCCUUCAAAUUUCACAUUUAAAAUGGUUUCAGAAUAAUUACUCAGCCUUCCAUGCUCUUGCAAAACACAUUAGUAGAUUACGUCUGGUGAGCACAAUCACUCUUUUGGUCACUUACAGAGCACCUAGGGGAGGGGAUCUCCCAGUAUAAGCACAAUGCACCCAUGCUAAUCAUAACCCUGUUUCCAGAGCAAGAGGAUAACAAACAAGUCUUAAAUUGAAAUCCUUUGCUGGGUGGACUGUUAUAUUGCCAGCUGAUCAGUUCCCAUUGGUCUCUGGCUAACUGAAAAAUGUUUCACGGGUUCAAAAGAAGAUUUUACAUGUUAAAAACCAAGGACAACUCGGAUUUACCUGCAAAGGUAUGGCUUAUAUAAAAUAGCUGCUAACCUGAAGUGGGCCCACAAUUAAAUCUAAUUCAGGGCACAUUCACACAACAUCUGGGUUUAUUUUUCAAUCCAGCUGGAUAUAUUUGCCUGCCUGGAUUUGAAUGCACCCAUGGCAGAUUGUGUGCCUUUCCACUCAUAGCAAACUGCCAUGGGCCUGUGACAUGCUGCUUUAAAAAAUCAGCACAAAUAAUCACUGACAUGCUGGCAUGUGACAUAACAGAUUCACACAACCUUUCUCUUGCAGACAUGUUCAAUCCAGGCAUACCAGAACUGAAAUAUAACCUAAAAACAGUGGUGUUGGAAUUGACCCUAAAAUAACUGAAUGUUAGAGCCAGCUCUGUAUUGAAAUUAGAAGACUGAGUAUAAUUGUUUCAUGAAUUUUGCACACUCUGGGUGAUGGUUCAGGGUUUAAGUUUAGUCUUGGGUCCAAACUCAUACCUGUCUCCCUCCUCUGCUCUGAAUAUGGCCAGCCAACAAAGAGUCUUUCACUAUAGAUGCCAGAGCGUUUGGAUUUAAUCAAAGAGCAUUUGAAAGGAAGUGGCUAAUUGGGCUAACCUUUUCCUUCUUCCACUGUGUCCCUCCAACCCUCAACAAUUUCAUCUCAUUAAUAGGUAUAGAACAGAUGAACAAUGUACAGUGAUCAGACAGGUCUUUAAACCCCCUAAUAUAUUUGUAUAUUAGCCUUAGUUGAACACAGUCCGAUUAUUCACUGGGAAGUGAUGCUCUGCUUAUCAAUGCAAGAUUGGCCCUUUCAGCUGUAUGUUUGAUACACAAAUCAGAAAACCAGAAUACAGUUCAGUUGCUAUGACAUGACCUACCCCAAUAAUAUGCUGUGACGCAGGUUUUUUCCUCCUAACUUUUAUGCUUCAGCCCCAGCUGAUACAUCUUUUUUUAACUGAAUAGUGUUCCUGUAACAGUAGGGCUUCUGUUAGUAAAUACAGUCCUUUAAAAACACUUUAGUUAAUUCAUCUUCCAUAAGUCUUGAGGAGAUUGAGGACAUAUAAAUAUGUACAGAUGUAGCUCUCAAUACUAGAGUAUCUUAAACUGUGUUGUAGAAUACUGCUCUUUAACACUAUCCUUGACACAUUACUAAUUUUUAUACACUCUUGAAUAGAGGCACCUUUUAGAAAGCAUUUAGAUUACAUGUGUUAUGAAUUACUAUAUAAGCUACUAAUGUUCUUUAAAAUAUAAAACGAAAUAUCCUGAGAAGAAAAAUUCAAAUAUUUAUCAUACUAAUUAUAUUAAAAUGCAUUUCUUGGCAAAAAAGCUAAGAAACAUAGUCCUGGGCAUCACAAAUGGUAAAUCCUUUCUUAGCAUUUCUGGAAAUGUUGGGCAUUCUGCUAAUCUUCAACGAGAAACACUAAUUCAUGAUAGAAUUUCUUUAACAUUGGGGUUUAUUGAAUUAAUGUUUUUCUCAGGUGUUGUACUAUUAAGCGUUCUUACAGCUUUUAUCGUGGGAAGACAAUGCAUAAAAUAAGAUUGUAUUGCUCUCGUAACUGUAACUGGGGGUUUAAAAUACACCUUGUGGUCUGGCUGUGUUAAUUUAGAAUUGGCUCCUCUUGUGUGUGAAAGGAGCCAGGUUUUCUGGCUCUAGUUAUAGCAGAGGGGAUUGUAGAAAUAAUUCCAAAUUUGAGGGUGGGGGAGGCAGAAAUCAUGACAGUUUGAGGAUAUACUUUAGUUUCUCCUGUUAUACUAAAAAAUCAUGAAACCAUCUCUUUUCAGCAGCCUAGCAGUGAUGAUGUAAACAGUGUUCGGAUUAUAUUCUCAGCUGAGGAAAGGACUGGGAAAUACUCAGUACAGACUUAUAUGGGACACACUUUUUCAAACUGUUAAUAAUUAGCAAUAGCUGCAUACCAUGUUGAUCUCUUAAAUUUGCUGUUUGAAAGUCUUAAGCACAAUAGGCAAAGUCCUGUCGUGCCUGGCCUCUCUGGAAAUUGCCUGUGUGUAGGCCAUGGCAGGAUUUGGUUAGAUGAUUUAGCACAUAAUUCUGUAAGACACUGAGACUCCAAGUACCCUCAAUGGUACUCUAUUGUUUCAUGUAAACCUCUCACAAAAUAAUAAAUGUGAAGACUGCUUUUGCACAAGCACAGAGUAAGGCACAUUUCUUUUCCACAGUUCUGUGCUGGUAAAAAAAAAUGUUUACUUCUAACUGGGGAGUGGUGCAAUUUGAUGCUGUCUUUGGACUGUAGCUGUACUUUAAUAGGAACCUGUUGCCUGCUAUUUCUCAGGCUAUAAGGAUAACACAACAGACUUUAUUUCCUCACUCCACCCACCCCAUUUCCUACUUUUAGUUGUUCUUUAUGUAAACUGCAGUUCUGUCCUAUUAAUCUCUUAGAUCAAAAAUAGUUUUAAAUAAACUUUUAUAUUAUUUGAAAGGGGAAGCAAUUUGUCUCAUUAGCAGCAGAUGACAAUUUCUAUGCAGGAAAUCCUGGAACUAUUUUGUCAUUACUGUAAUAUUCAGCAUACAGGAUGUACAUGCUCUUCUUUGACCAAAUACCUCUUCUGCUUGCAGACAGGUUUAGCAAAUUUUUCCUUGCAUACUCUCCUCUUUACCUAUUGGCUUUAGGAAAUUUCCCUUUACAUAAUGCUUUCUAUUGCCUAUGCUAUGCUGCAGUUUUGUAAAAAGAAAGGAAAAGAGAGAGACACAGAUUAGAGGAAGAGGUGGCCAGAAAGCAUAGAGCAUAUGGAGAGGCUUGGGGAAUAGAAUUAUUAUAGCAGUAUUUGCCAGCUGCUUCUUCAGAAUCUUAAUAGCUUUUGUUGGCUUAAUUAACUGAUGUUGGUUGAUUGACCUUUGUCACUAGGAAUGAUUGUUUCUUGUAAGCUACCAAGCAUUUCAGUAACAGGGCUAUAUUCCCUUGAGAUUCUGGAUAUACACAUUUACCCUACUUUUGAAUUUAUUUUUAUUUAAGGAAUGCACAUACCCCCCCCAAACUUUGUGCUCCUUAUUCCAUGUGUUACUCUUUACUCUUUUGCAGUAGCUGAAUAGCUACCCACCUUGAUCUGAAAUUCUCUUUCUACCUGAUCAUGAAAUAAUUACAAAUGGAAGAUGGUUUGAACUCAUAAAAAUUCUUUUAAAAAGACCAUAUUCACCCAAAUAGAAGAGAACACCAAAUUUUAGAUGACCCUCUUAAAAAUACAGGUUAAAUACAGAUACAACCUGUAUUUACCUGAAAGGAAGUGAACUUUGAAUUUAAGAUAACCCCCCUGCCCCCAUUUCAAACAUUAAACAUCUUGGGGGGGAAAACUAGUCAUGGAUUCAGGUAAAUAAAGUAUGACAUUCUCCCUGGUUGAGGGAUAUAUAAAACUACCAUUUAUUGAUUUGGACCAUUGAUCCAUCUAGCCCAGUACCAUCUACCUUUGAUGAAGUGGCAUGCCAAAUUCAGCAUAUACUUUCCUGCUACCUGCAGUUCUGUUAACAGGCAAGCUGUAGGAUUGAAUCUGGGACUUGUUUCAUGUACAGCAUGUGCUCCACCAGAGCACUAUGGUUGCUCUCCAUGUGUGCAAUGCACAAAGUAAAUAUUCUAACUGUACUCUACCCUCUCUAAUGGUAGCCCAGGUCAAGGCAGGAAGGCUGGAGAAAAUAUUGUGGAGUAGGUCAGUAAUAUAGGAACAGAGCAAUAACUGAAUUUACCAGGAACAUACAGGAUAUGCAUGGUAGGCUGUUCCUUUACAGGUACAUGCAUCUGAGAUAUGUGAAUUAGGUAAUGAAAAAUUGUUGUUUGUUUGUUUAAGACAUUUGUAUACCACCCAAAACGCCAGAGUCUGGGCAUUUUACAACAAAACAAUAAAAACAGAUAAAAAGAUUAAAACAUUACAACAGUUAAAAUUUAAAACAUUAAAACAAUUAAACACACAAUUAAAACAAUAUCUAAUUAAAAGCCUGGGUGAAGAAAGCCUGGGUCUUGAUUGCCUUCUUAAAAGUUGUAAGAGAUGGAGAGGCUCUUAUUUCAGCAGGAAGUGUGUUCCAAACUUCGGGGCAGCAAUGGAGAAGGCCCGUCCCUGAGCAGCCACCAAAUGAGCCGGUGGCAACUGCAGAUGAACCUCUCCAGAUGAUCUCAAUGGGUGGUAUGAUUCAUAGCAAAGACAACAUUCUCUUAAAUACCCAGGGCCCAAGCUGGGACCCUCCUGUACCACAGCAGAUAUUGACCUAACCUCCACAUCUUGCCUACAGAGAACAAUCUUUUCUUUAUCCAUAUUGCAGACAUGCUACAAGAUGAUGCAAACUGAUGUGUGUGUUAAUAUUUUGGGAAGUGCUUGAGAUUGUUUUGCUGCAACCCCAGGGAAGGGCAGUUCUAGACCUACACUGUAUUGGAGGCUAAAAGGACAUUUAAUUUAAUUAAUUAAUCUAUAUCUAUGUAAACCGCUUUGGGAACUCCUGUUGAAAAGCGGUAUAUAAAUAUUCGUAUUUGUAUUGUGCUGCUGCCUAUCAUUUUAAAUCUAAAAAAAUGGCUGGAAUUAUUAAUUUUCUAUUGGUUUGCUAAUCUCUCAGCUAUGUAUUAGUAUAGUAUUUCUGCAUCCUGAAUAUGAAAGACCAGCUUAGUGAAGUUAUUUUUUUCAGCAGAACCUUCCCUCUUUGCAAGUAAUUUACAAUGUAACAAGGCAGAUGAGUUCGUUGCUUAUUAUCCUGCUAUUUAAUAUAAUGCUGCACAUUAAAUAAUAUUAAGAUUUGGCUUUA